UCGAGAGAAGAAACCUACAUUUUUCUUUAUCCAAAUUUAACGCAGGCAGCAAACUGUACAGAUAGACAGUGUAAUUAUUGCCUAAAUCUCAAGCUCUUAUCAUGCAUACAUUCUUCGUUUUUCUACUCCUUUCAUGGAUGGAAUUGUGCACCUGCAGUUUACCAGAAGGCCUCAUGGAACCCACGGCGUCUCCAAUGAUUGGAGAUGUGCCGAGCCCGCCAACUAACGUCCAAGUUCACUGUCAACAACGUACCGCAAAUGUGUCAUGGGAAAAUCAAGGAGGCGACCGUAUUCCACCACUUGAAUACAUAAUCCAAUACAGUACAUCGUUUGAGCCCGGUGUAUGGGUGGAUCACAAGCCCGAAAAUCUUUCUGGAGAUUUUUCCCGUUCAAUGGAACUGAGUCCAUGGGCUACUUACACAUUCCGCGUGACAGCGCGCAAUACGGUUGGACUCAGCAAUGCCAGCGCUCCCAGCCAAGAAGUCUGCACCACGCCGCCGGACAUUCCGUACAAGAAUCCCGAAAACGUUCAGGUUAUUGGGACCGAACCGAACAAUCUCGUCAUCUCGUGGACGCCUAUGCCGCAGAUUGACCACAAUGGUCCGGGAUUUUAUUAUGAAGUGCAGUAUAUCAGAGCAGAUCUCCUCCCCAGUGCCUCACAGAUAAAUGACAGUAUCCACAUUAAGGACUGGCGUCAGAGUAGUGUGAGCAUCACCCAUCAACCGACGUACGCGCCCUACAAUGUGCGGGUACUUGCCAAUAACGAUCUCGGACGUUCACGGGCGGCAGAUGAACCUCCAGUUCGUCUCUAUUCCGGCGAGGGUCGGCCUACUACCGCUCCAGGCAACCCGCACGUGACUAGGCUACUCGAUAGCCGAACUGCGGAAAUUUCGUGGACGCCUGUUCCGGCAGACUCCAUUAGAGGAGUUUUGAAAGGCUACAGGAUUCAAGUGACGCCGGCAGGAGCGACAACGCCGAAGGAAAUACGCGUCGGUCCAAAUACAUCCUCAGCGGUUGUCGAUAUACUGAAGCCGGCCAGCAGAAAUGUCAUCCGGAUAUUGCCAUAUAAUGGAAAAUACGAUGGUCCUGCUAGCGAUGAGCUCGUUAUAGAAACACAACCCAUAUUCCCGGGUCGACCGGUUGAUAUCAGAGCUUCAACCAUGGGACAUAACAUGAUCUUUCUGGAGUGGAAGGAGCCAACAGAGCCAAGCGGCGGGCUUCGGCAUUACGAAAUCAAUGUCUUCAUUCUGGAGGGGCUCAGCACGAUAGGUCCCGUCAAGAAUUUAAGGGUUCCGCGCCGUCUCAACAGCAUGAAAUUAAUGAAAUUAACACCUGACACCAAAUAUCGCAUUUUUCUUUACGCCGCAAAUGAAAACGGACGGGGCGAGCCCGGUAUUGUGGAAGCGGCUACUGGAAGCGACCCCAGUGAGACGGGCGAAGCGAUAGCAAAGUAGCUGGUUGUCGCUGCAUACCUGAGCGGUCGCAAUAUUCUCGUUGUGCAACCGGAUUAGUUUUAGAUAGUAUCCCAAGAUGAAACGAGUUUGAUGCUUGUAUCAGAAUAACAUCUUUGACGCUACCAGUUCGUUUUGUGUGUUUGUGUUUUUGUGCUUUGUGUUUGCUACGCACGCUUUCUGUUUGCUAAACUGCUAGAAGUUAAUAAAUAUGUACAUUUG